CGAAACAACCUGCUUUUCAGUGGCAGUUUCGUAAUUUGAUAAUUUCCAGCGUCCUCGGUACUAUCGAGCCACAGAUACAAAACACACAAAUCCCUCCCCUCUGAUUCUUCUUCUAUAAACCAAAAAAACAAGGAAUCGAAAAUGUUGAAGCUUUCUUGUAAUGCGACAAACCACUUACAAACCUUCUUCUUUCUCUCCGAUUCCUCCCUCUACAUUCCGGCUAAUCGCCUUACCAUCGCUGUCUCGUCUUCUCAGCUAAGGAAGGCGGCUUUAGAUCCUCUAAGGGCAGUUAUCUCCGCGGAUCAGGGAAGCAUCAGUCCGGUUGCGGAUCGGUUCAGAGCUGGUCGAUUGAUGGAAGAUGGUUAUUCAUAUAAAGAGAAGUUCAUUGUUAGAAGCUAUGAGGUUGGGAUUAACAAAACCGCCACCGUCGAGACAAUUGCUAAUCUCUUACAGGAGGUGGCAUGUAACCAUGUUCAGAAGGUUGGAUUCUCGACCGAUGGAUUUGCGACAACACUCACCAUGAGGAAAUUGCAUCUCAUUUGGGUCACUGCAAGAAUGCACAUUGAGAUCUACAAAUACCCAGCUUGGAGUGAUGUGGUUGAGAUAGAGACAUGGUGCCAGAGUGAAGGAAGGAUUGGUACAAGACGUGACUGGAUUCUAAGGGACUCUGCUACAAAUGAACUUAUUGGCCGUGCUACUAGCAAGUGGGUAAUGAUGAAUCAAGACACAAGGCGGCUUCAAAGAGUUACAGAUGAAGUUCGGGACGAGUACUUGGUUUUCUGUCCUCGAGAAACCAGACUAGCGUUUCCAGAAGAGAACAAUAGCAGCUUAAAGAAAAUCCCAAAACUAGAAGAUCCAGCUCAGUAUUCUAUGUUAGGGCUUAAGCCUCGGCGAGCUGAUCUGGACAUGAACCAGCAUGUGAAUAACGUCACCUACAUCGGAUGGGUGCUUGAGAGCAUACCUCAAGAAAUCGUUGAUACGCAUGAGCUUCAAGUUAUAACUCUUGAUUACAGAAGAGAAUGCCAGCAAGAUGACAUUGUAGAUUCACUCACCACCUCUGAAAUCCCUGACCACCCGAUCUCAAAGCUUUCCGGGACCAACGGAUCUGCCACGUCAAGCAAACAAGGACUCAAUGGGAGCCAGUUCUUGCACAUCCUGAGGUUGUCAGAAAAUGGUCAGGAGAUCAAUCGUGGGAGAACACAAUGGAGAAAAAAAUCAUCACGAUGAUUUUCGUAUGCUUCUUCAGUGUCAGUCAAGUUCUUGCUUCACUUUUACAGUUUUAUUGUAUCUUCUGAUCAGAUCUCUUUUUGGGUUAAGGUGGUAUUGGAUCAAUGGUGUAGUAGAGUCACGUCUGUUUUGUUCAUUUCUGUCCAGAUUUUGGGCUUUAAGCCAAAACAUUUCUUAGGUCUUAAUCUUUGUCUGCUUGUAUCUUUUCCUAAACUAGAUUUGUUCAUCCAACACUUUACAUACGUUGAGUUUUUUUCUGAUGAAACUGGUUAUAUAACGUAAGUGAAAAGUCCAUUAA